AUGCUUUCUUUAAUAAACGACUUGCUUGAUUAUUCAAAGAUACUAACAGGCGUUUUUUCGAUCCAUAAAACACAAUGCAAUUUAAAAGAAUUAAUCAAAAGCUCUUGCAGCCUUUUUGAAUACCAAGCGGCUAAAAAGAAUUUGUACAUUAGUUUUAGAAUAGAUAAGGAUUUGCCAGAUAUGAUUUUCACCGAUUCUUUAGAUUCCUUUCUUGAUUAGAACAAAAAGAUCUUGCUCACUAGCCAAAAGGAAUGAUUUUAUUUUUAAUAAUUAUAUGCAAUAUUUUCACCAAAUAAUAAAAUAGAUAUAGAUAAUUCCUGGGGAUAGCGCGGAAUACGCUAUCCCCAGGACCAACCGGGAUCGGAUUCACACAUGGAACGGGAGUUCCAUGUGUGGAUCCAUUUUUUACAUGUGAGAUAUUUACUUUCACGUGUGAAAAAUGGAUCCACACAUGGAACCCUCGUUCCAUGUGGGGUUGGUCCUGGGGAUAGCGUAUUCCGCGCUAUCCCCAGGAAUUUCUAUAUUUGAAAAUUUAAUUUAUAAAUUUUAUGUUUUAAAAUGGAAAAGUUUAAUUUAAUAUAAUUAGCUCGAAAUAUUAUUAAAUUUAUAUACAAAAUUAUUGUUUAUAAACAUUUUUUGCUCUUCUAAAGUUAGAGAUUUUACUAAUAGUUUGCUCAUUAUUCAAGGUAUUGGAUUAAGAAUUAGUCAAAUUAUUUUGAAUUUACUAACUCCCUAUUUAUUUAAUAAAAAAAUUAAUCUAUAAUAAUAUAUAACAAAACUAUUUAUAUUUAAUGAUAGCAUUAAUUUUCACGAAAAUUGCUGUUUUUAUCUUCUGUAAUACAGAUGUGGGUAAGAAAUGCCUUUAAAUUUACCCAGGAAGGAAAAAUUGAGGUCAUUUGUCUUAAAACAGCAAAAAAUACGAUGAAAUGCUGUGUUGAAGACACCGGGUCUGGCGUUAGCUUAGAAGAGAUAAGAAAAAUGAUAAAAGAAAUCGACCCUUUAAAUAUUCCUAAUCUUGGGCCAAGAGGGCAUGGAUUUGGCCUAUAUAUAUCAAAUCUAUUGAUUAAUCAAUUAGAUGGAAACUCCAUAAAAGUAAAAUGCAAUUCUGGAAAAGGCUCAAUUUUUUAUUUCAAUAUUAACAUUUACGAGGACAAGCCUUUAAGCCUGUCCAUUGAAAAUACCGAAACAUGCACCAAUGAGCGUAUUUUACCUAUAACAAUAUCAAGCUAUGCUCAUUCAAAAGGCUUUAAAAAAGACAUUCUUAUUGUGGACGAUUUAGAAUUUAAUUUAGAAGUGUUAGGAUCAACAUUAAAAUCUUAUGAUUUUGAAUACGAUGAAGCGAAUAAUGGAAGAAUAGCUGUGGAAAAAAUAUCGUUAUUUGCAGAUUUUUGAACUUUACCACCUAAGUGUGGAAUCUUUUCCGUGUGUGAAAAGAGGAUUCCACAUGUGAAGCCCUUUUGAUUUCAAAUGUGGAAUCCUCUUUUCACACACGGAAAAGAUUCCACACUUAGGUGGUAAAGUUCAAAAAUCUGCAAAUAGCGAUAAUAAGAAAGGAUGCCUCUGAUUGACCAUAUAAAGUUGUUGUCAUGGAUUGCGAAAUGCCUGAAAUGACUGGAUGAGAAGCAUCGUCUUAUAUUGAUCAGCAGUACAGACAAGGGAAAAUUCAGCAUCUUCCUUAUAUAAUAGGGUACUCUGCAUAUUGCUCGGAAGAAGAUAUAAAACUAUGCUAUCAGUGUGGAAUGAUAGACUUUUUGCCAAAACCUUGCUCUACAGAAAAAAUUAUCGAAGCCAUUAAAAAAUUUAUAUAA